AUGAAGAUCACUGAGAGAGUUAUUGUUUCUGAGGAAGGGGCGUUCCGUCAUGUGAAUUACCAGGAGGAUGUCCGAUGCACGCCUGAUGGAUCGAGGACGAUUCUGGAGGUAUUUUUGAACCGAUGUAGCCUGAUGGGAGAACGGCCAAUGAUGGGAACGAUAGUUGGGCCUGAGGUUGUAUAUCAGACGGCAAACGAGGUGAAGAGCAAGGCGGAAAGCCUUUCGAGCUUUCUGAAUGGAAUAGUAAAGCCGGGAGACAUGAUUGGGAUAUACUCGCCGAACAGGUAUGAGUGGGUUACAGCGGAGAUGGCAGGAUACAUGUCUGGAUGUGUGAAUGUGCCAUUGUAUUCGACGUUUUCGCCUUCUGUAGUCCGAUUGGUUUUUGAGGAGACAGGCAUGAAGGUGGUUUUUGUAUCUGCAGAUAAGGCAAAGCUGUUGCUUGAGAAUGUGUUUCUGGUGUCUGGAGGGGAGCAGUUCCAUGUGAUUAUGAUGGACAAAGAUGAGGAUGUAUGUGAGAAGCUGAGAAGAACUGGUGUGAGCACGAGUUAUUUUGAUGAUCUUGCAAAUGGAGAAGGAAGAAGCAAUGCGGAGCUGUAUCCGAAUGGAGAGGAUCUUGCAACGGUGUGCUACACGAGUGGAACGUCUGGAAAGCCCAAGGGGGUAAUGCUAACCCACAGGAACUUUAUUUCGUCGAUAGCAGCGUUUUAUAGAGGGUCUACGAAGGAAGAGCAGCCAUCUUUUGUGAAUCAUGAUGGCGUGUAUCUGUCGUAUCUGCCGCUAGCACAUGUGAUGGAAAGGCUGUGCAUGAAUAUUUCGAUAUCGGAGGGGCUGAAGGUAGGGUUUUACCGAGGGGAUGCAAAGAUGCUGCAGAUGGACUUUCUGACGAUUAAGCCUGCGUUUAUUGCAUCAGUGCCUAGGAUUUUGAAUGUUUUUAAAGACAGGAUUGAGAUGGAGAUCCGAAAGAAGAACUUUCUUGUUAGAGGGAUGUUUAAACUGGCACUAAAGUACAAGAUAUGGAGGCAGAAAAAGGGUGUGAUGCGAAGUAGGAUUCUUGACUGGAUGAUAUUUGAUAAGGUGUCUGAGAAAUUUGGAGGAGAAAUCAGAUGGAUACUGUGUGGAGCAGCGCCGUUGAAGCCAGAGGUGUUGUAUUUUAUCCAGGCGGUGUUUUCGUGUCGUGUUUUCCAGGGAUAUGGGCAGACGGAGAACAUUGGAGCAGGGCUGCUGCAGCCUCUUGACUGUGAGGAUUACGACAAUGUUGGGAUUCCGUAUCCGGCGAAUGAGAUUAAGCUUGAGAAGAUAUCGCCUGAGUUUCAGCAGGAGUGUGACAGAAGGCACCCGAAUAUGGUUGUUGGAGAGAUAAUGAUGCGAGGAGAAAACAUCACGAGUGGGUACUACAAGCGGCCGAGCGACACAAAGGCGCUGUUUGGCAAUGGCGGGUGGCUCCGCACAGGAGAUAUUGGGAUGUAUGAUCCGGCUAAGGGGCUGUUCCAUAUUGUUGGGAGGAUUAAGGAUGGGUUUAAGACGUCCCAGGGUGAGUAUAUUGAUCCUGAGAAGCUUGAGAACAUGUAUGCAGAUGGGAAUGUUGUUAUGGACGUGUGCAUACCAAGAAGGACGGAUAGUGACAAGAUAGUGGCGAUAGUGGUGUGUCCGGAUGAGCGCAGAAGCGAGGCCAGUGUUCUGGCGCAUGUAAAAAGGAUUGGAGAGAAGCUGUUUUUGGAGAAGGCUGUGACGAAGCUUGAGAUUCCGCACAAUGUUGUUGUUAUACGCAAAGGGUUUGACUGUUUUGAAGGACAGGAGUUUCUUACGCCUACGUCGAAGAAGAAGAGAUACGAGAUUGAAGUGUAUUUUUCUCGGGAGAUUGAUGAGGCAUUGCAUUUAUGA